AUGAUGAUUUUGCUUAAAUUUCAGGAAAUGAAAGCUGUAAAUAGACAGUUGACAGUGGUGCUUAAUACAUUACUUACUGUUGCUGGUGGAUUUUUCUUUGGAUAUUUUGGAAUUAGUUAUGCCUAUCCCAGUCUCCAUCUGGAUAUGACAACUCGAAUGAUUCUUGGCCUACUUAUUGGUGCAAUAGUCUUUUUCGCCGAUUUAUAUUUUAUCGUCAAAGGGAUGGAUGAUUUCGUAGAAAAACCAAAAAAAGUUCGUUAUCGUGCUUAUUUAAAUCGUGAUGUUGGAUGA